UUCUGAAUCUUCUGCUGAUACCUCCUUAAGCAGGUUCCUUCAUCUUUGCCAAAAUGACCGAACUCCUGAACAGCAUACUCACCGUGAUCAAGGUGUUCCAGAAAUAUGCCAACAAGAAUGGGGACUCCACCUCACUAUGCAAGGAGGAGUUGAAGCAGCUGCUCUUUGCUGAGUUUGGAGACAUCCUCCGGAGACCAAAUGACCCGGACACUGUGGAAACCAUCUUGAGCCUCUUGGAUAGAAACAGAAACGAGCAUGUUGAUUUUCAUGAAUAUCUCCUGAUGGUGUUCCAGCUGGCCCAAGCCUGCUAUCAUAGUCUGGAUAAUGAAUCAAGUGGAGAUAGAACCUCCCAGCAAGAAAGGAAGCAGGAGGAAACACAAGACCAUAAGUUUCCAAGAAAUACAGGCAGACAACACAGGAAGAGGCUUGAGGGAGAAAGGCAGGAUUCCUGCCACAGUCAGUCUGAGAAACUAAGUCAGGAUACCCACCAAGAUCGAUCUGAGAGAGAAGACAAGGACUCUCACUAUGGUCAGACUGAGGGACAGGAUCAGGACUCCAGCUCUGGUCAAAGACUGAGUAAUAAAUCUGGCAAUGGCAAUCCUGAAAGACAAGGCUAUGUCUUUGCCCUAAAUCAGUAUGAGAAACAACUUCAAGAUUCUCAUUAUGGCCAAUCUGAUAGGCUUGGACAACAGUCAAGCUAUGGCCAGUCUGGAAGACUUAGAGAGGACCCUAAGUAUAGCCACACAAACCAACAGGAAUCGGGCUCUUAUAAUGAACAGCCUGGAAGGCUGGGUCAGGAAUCAGGCUGUGGUCAGAGAAAUAGGCAAGAAUUGGAUUCUCACUAUGGCCAGACAGACAGACAAGGCCUGAGCUCUCACUAUGGCCAGACAGACAGACAAGGCCUGAGCACUCAAUAUGGUCAGAGAGACAGACAAGGCCUGAGUUCUCACUAUGGCCAGACAGACAGACAAGGUCUGAGCUCUCAGUAUGGUCAGACAGAUAGACAAAGUCUGAGCUCUCACGAUGGUCAGACAGACAGACAAGGCCAAAGAUCUCACUAUAGUCAGACAGAUAGACAAGGCCUGAGCUCUCACGAUGGUCAGACAGACAGACAAGGCCUGAGCACUCAAUAUGGUCAGAGAGACAGGCAAGGCCUGAGUUCUCACUAUGGCCAGACAGACAGACAAGGUCUGAGCUCUCAGUAUGGUCAGACAGAUAGACAAGGUCUGAGCUCUCACGAUGGUCAGACAGACAGACAAGGCCUGAGCUCUCACUAUGGUCAGACAGAUAGACAAGGCCUGAGCUCUCACGAUGGUCAGACAGACAGACAAGGCCUGAGCACUCAAUAUGGUCAGAGAGACAGGCAAGGCCUGAGCUCUCACUAUGGCCAGACAGACAGACAAGGUCUGAGCUCUCAGUAUGGUCAGACAGACAGACAAGGCUUGAGCUCUCAGUAUGGCCAGACAGACAGACAAGGCUGGAGCUCUCAAUAUGGUCAGACAGACAGACAAGGCCUGAGCUCUCACAAUGGUCAGACAGACAGACAAGGCCAGAGUUCCCAUUAUGAUGAGACAGACAGACAAGGCCUGAGCACUCGAUAUAGUCAGACAGACAGACAAGGUGUGAACUCCCAAUACGGUCAGUCAGAGACUGGUGAAACUAGGCAAAAUAGGCGCUUCCAAGGGAGCGAGGGAACAAGCAGAGACUCACACAUUGAGCAAUCAGGAAGGCCAGGAAGACCAAGUCAACAGACUCAAGGACAGGAAGUAAACCGAAAUCAGAGACAGAGAUUCCAGACUAGGGAAGGGCAGCAGAACAGUCACCAGGCAUGGGAGUCCAAAGAGGAUAGCCAACACAAACUAGUAGCACAAAUUCAGCAAGAAAGGCCACCCUGUCACAAAGGGAGAGGCUGGCAAUCACACAGUAGUGAGCAGGGCCACAGACAGGACCAGACCAGGCAGAGUCAUGGUGAGAAGCAGAGCCACCAGGCAGAGGAAGAGCCGGACCACCAGAGCUGCAGUAGACACAGUCAUGAGGGUCAGGAAACUCCAUGUGAGACAUGGGACAGGGAAACCCAUGAAGAUGAGCAGACCCGUCAGCGACGAGACAGGCAGACCCAUGAGGAUGAGCAGACCCGUCAGCGACGAGACAGGCAGACCCAUGAGGAUGAGCAGACCCGUCAGAGACGAGACAGGCAGACCCAUGAGGAUGAGGAGACCCGUCAGAGACGAGACAGGCAGACCCAUGAGGAUGAGGAGACCCGUCAGAGACGAGACAGGCAGACCCAUGAGGAUGAGCAGACCCGUCAGCGACGAGACAGGCAGACCCAUGAGGAUGAGCAGACCCGUCAGCGACGAGACAGGCAGACCCAUGAGGAUGAGGAGACCCGUCAGAGACGAGACAGGCAGACCCAUGAGGAUGAGGAGACCCGUCAGCGACGAGACAGGCAGACCCAUGAGGAUGAGCAGACCCGUCAGCGACGAGACAGGCAGACCCAUGAGGAUGAGCAGACCCGUCAGCGACGAGACAGGCAGACCCAUGAAGAUGAGCAGACCCGUCAGCGACGAGACAGGCAGACCCAUGAAGAUGAGCAGACCCGUCAGCGACGAAACAGGCAGACCCAUGAAGAUGAGCAGACCCGUCAGAGACGAGACAGGCAGACCCAUGAAGAUGAGCAGACCCGUCAGAGACGAGACAGGCAGACUCAUGAAGAGGAUCAAAACUGUCAACAACAACAGGAUAGGGAAACCCAUAAGGAUAAAGAGACGUAUCAAGAGUCCCAGUAUCAACAAUCCCAUGGGACCCAGCAAGGAUGUGCCAACAGAGAAAAAUUCCAUACGAGUGAAGAUGACCAGAGUCCAAGUUCCCAAGGAAGACGCAGUGACCUGGCCUUCCAUCCAACCCAGAAUGCUGGGAGGCCCCAUAGAAGAGAACAGGGUGGAAGUCACCCUAUCAAGGCAACUAUUGCUCCCAAUCCACUCUAUGACUACGUACAAGAGCAGAAAGGGGUUUGGCACUAGGCUGUGCAUUGCACCAAGAGCUAAAGCAACACGAAGCCAAGGAAGAAAUCUACACAUCAAAUUCAUCCUUAGUUUUGCUUAAGAGAUUGAAAAUAUGUAUCUUCAUUCUCUCCUCUACUCUAUCUAACCACAAGGAUGCUUUUAGGAACUAGUAUUCACUUCUAGGGCAUUUCAGUUCUUUGAUCAGCAAUUCCAGGGUGCUCUGGCUCGGUAAAAUCUGAGUGGUAAAUUGGGUGAAAUAAUCAGAUCCCAAUUUUGAUUUGGGGAUUUAAAUUUAAUUUGGGGAUUUAAAUCAUUUCCUGGUUUGUUCUCUGUGUAGGUGGGACAUGACUGGAUCAUUGAAAGGUAGGAAUUUCACCCAAAAGUUCAGAAACAGGAAAGGCAUUCUGAAGAUAAACAUUAUAACCUGAGGAGAGGAUACCAGGACUGAGAGAGAUCUUGUGGCUAAACCAUUAAGAAUUGCAAGCCUCGUAGCCUACACUAAAAUGAAAUACAGUGAGAGGCUGCUAGAUGUCCACAACACCCCCAUGCCCAUAUCUCUACCCCUCAUCAGAACUGGCCACUGAGCUCCUAUCAUGAGAGCUGAUUGGAUUGAUUCCAGUUCGAUGCCUUUUAGUUUCGGAUCACAUGAAACAGAGAGAAAACAUAUCAUCUGUUGGCAGAUUCCAACAAGCCAACAUUGUUGAUCCCUAGCUCCUGGAGCCUGAAAACCUUUCAUGAGAAAGUCUAUGGAAUUGUAUUAAAAUACCCAAUAAAUGAUUGG